GGUCGUCGAUGUAAGCGGGGAGUUGGUGUGUAGAUGGCGAGAGGGAAAGGUUAGAGAGAAGCGAGAAGAAUGGGAGGAGAGGAGACAUGUAGAUUGGAGAGAACGGGAGAGAUUACUGUGCGCCCCAGAGACGGUCCGCGCAGAGAUGCAUCCAGCGAUCCUCCUGCUAACUGCGGUGCUCAUGGCGCCUCCAGCAACGGCUCACGUCCACCCACACACCUUCCUCACUACGCCGGAGAUCAUCCAGGCGCGCGGGUACCCGGCUCAGACGCACCACGUGACCACCAGCGACGGGUACGUCCUCGAGCUGCACCGGAUUCCUCGAGGGCGAGGGGCGGCGGGCGGGGCGAGGGCGUCAACGCUGUCGAUGUCGUCUCUUCAGGUAAAAACAGCAGCAUUAACACCAAAGAAAACGGGAAAGUGGUGUUCCUUCAGCACUGUUUGUUGUGUUCCAGCGCUGACUUCGUUAUGAACGAUCCCGACCAGGCAUUAGCCUUCAUCCUGGCAGACUUGGGCUACGACGUAUGGUUAGGAAACGUUCGGGGAAAUGUUUACAGCCGCCGCCACGUUCGUCUCUCCCCCAACCAACGCGAGUUCUGGGACUACAGCAUAAACGAGAUCGCCCGGUAUGAUGUUCCUGCCAUGUUGACCUAUGUGAGGGAAGUGACAGGAUCCCCCACGAUCAGCUAUGUUGGGCACUCCAUGGGCACCGCCGUCUUCUUCGCUAUGAUGAACUACCACCCGCAAAUCAACAAUUGGGUGCGUGUGAUGGCAGCCAUGGCCCCGGUGGCGUAUCUGCACAACUCGAGAUUUUUCAAAAUUUACGAGGAUUACCUAGAAUUACUCGAUGUAACCACAGCGAAACUAGGAAUCGAGGAGUUUUUGAUGAACGAUCCAGGUUUUGCGAAACUCGCCUCUGUUCUCUGUUCUCCGCUUUCUCCUGUUAAGUUCAUCUGUUCUGCCAUUCGUCUGUUUCUCUUCGGUCUCAAUUCUGACUAUGUGGAUAAGAACUACCAGUCCGUCAUCCUAGCCCACAAUCCUGCCGGUAUCUCUAGCAGUGUGAUGCGGCAUAUCAGGCAGUUUAAUGUAUCCCGUCAGUUCCAGGCCUUCGACUACGGCGCGACAAGGAACCAGCGCGAGUAUGGGUCGACGUCGCCGCCCCGCUACAGCCUGGCGCGCGUGACCGUCCCCGUCGGCCUGUUCUGGUCCGAAGGGGACUGGCUCGUCGAUCCCUGGACGUGAGGCAGGUGGCUUCAGAACUGCCGCGGUCGUCCUCAACUACCGGGUUCCUCUGAGCGACUUCAACCACAACGACUUCAUGUGGGCCGAGACGCCAGGGACUCGUCUACGGCCAGCUGGCAAGCCUGCUGGAGGCCUACAACUGAGGGAGGACUUCCUGCGACUGCCUUCUGAGCGCCAGUUGAAAUGCAGGAGGAACGGGCGAAGCUUUCAACACCAGAGGUCGAAGAUGUAUUCAUAGGUUCUGAUACACGCA